AUGGAAUGCGAAAUAUGCAACAAAGAAUUCAAGACUCAAAAAAGUUUGCGUAGGCACGGUGUUGUACACUCCGAUGAGAGACCAUUCAAAUGCGAAUCCUGUGGAUUGAAUUUCAAGACGAAAAAAUAUUUGUCCAGGCACAGUAAAAGGCACAUCAUUGAAAAUCCAAAAAUCGCAGACAAAAUCACUUUAUUCAAUCACAUUAAAGCACACUCGGGUUGGAAGCCAUUCAAAUGCUAUACCUGUGAAUCGCAAUACGCAGAUAAAACAUCUUUAAUCAAUCACAUAAGAUCGCACACGGGUGAAAAACCAUUCGGAUGCACAAUUUGUGGAAUGAAAUUCAGAGACAAGAGAACUCUGGUCAAACAUAAGUAUGUACAUGGCGAAAAACAAUUCCAAUGCAAUAUAUGCGAGUCGAAGUUCAGUCAUAAAAAUAAUCUGAUCAGACAUGUCAUUGGACACACCGGUAAGAAGUCAUACCACUGCGAAAUCUGUGAAUCCGAUUUCAGAGACAAGCAUCAUUUAACCAGACACAUGUACAGACACACUGGUGAGAAGCGAUUUCAGUGCUACACUUGUGAAAAAAAGUUCAAGGAUAGAUCUGAAUUAGUCCAACACUUCAAGAGGCACAGUCGUCAGAAACCAUUCCAAUGCGAUAUUUGUGGGAAAAAAUUGAGGAAUAAGAGCACCCUGAUCAGUCACAUCAAUAGACACAUAAGGGAUAGACCCAAGGAACUGAAAAUCGACGAGCCGCCACUGGUUGAUGGAGGAAGAACCAUCGAUAAGUUGUUUCAAUGUGGUGUUUGUCUUGGAAAGUUUGUUGCUGAGCUUUACAGCAAAAAUCCUCCACAGUGUGAAAACUGCUCAAAAUUGUCUUCAUGUGAAAAAGACGAUAGGGACGAUUCUGAUUAUUUCAUUGUUGAAGAAAAAUAUCAGAUCGACAUUGAGUACAAUGAUUCAGAGUUAGAAGAUGAGGGAAAAAUCCUAGAUUUAAAAGAGGAAAAACUCCCUGAUAUAAAAGAUGAUAAAGUCCUAGAUAUAGAAGAGGACGAACUCCUAGAUAUAUCAGAGGAAAAUCUCCUAGAUAUAAAAGAGGAAAAUCUACUAGAUAUAGAAGAAGAAAUGCUUCCAGAUAUAAAAGAGGAAGGACUCCUGGAUAUAAAAGAGGAAAAUCUCCUAGAUAUAAAACAAGAAGACAUCAUCUAG